UUUCGAUUAAACCUUAUUGUCAGAAUAAUCAAAUCAAAUGUCGCACCAUGUGGAGGGCGUAGAAAUCGCCGACAUUGAGGCCUUUAUUUUGAAUGAAUAUAUCCCAGCCAAGCCGCUGGACAGUAACCUGCAGGUUGACUUCACCAUAAGAAAACAGGCAAAGUCGGAGAAAUGCGGACAGCGAAGAUGCGGCGAUAUUCUAAAGUUUCCAUUCGCACAGACAACGAGAACGCUAACAGCGGCUAGUAUAAAACAGAGCAAAGUUCUGGUGGAUGCCGAUAAGGCGACAGAAACUAAACGCGUGGUGGAAAUCACAUUGGAGUCAGACGACUUUGACUACGAGCCAGGGGACACAAUCGGCGUGCUGCCCAGCAAUGCACCCGCAGUGGUGGAGCAAUUGUUGGAUCGCCUCGGACUGAUCGAUCAGGCAGACACCAUUUGCCAAAUAAAACUUUCCUUAAAGUGUGCAAAGAAGAACGCCAAGCUUCCUGCUCACAUACCGGACUCGACAUGCCCACGCGAGAUUUUCACCAACUGCCUGGCUCUCAAUGGUGUUCUGCAGAAGCAAUUUCUCAGCGCCCUGGCGGGCUACACCAGCGUCGCCAAGGAGCGCAGUUUCCUGGCCUGCCUCUCUUCCAAACAGGCGACUGAACACUACAACUCGUUAAUCCUAGAGCGUGGCCUACGCUUUAUGGACAUUCUCGAACUGUGUGGCAGCUGUCAGCCACCAUUGGCGUUUCUGGUGGAGCACCUGCCACGACUACUGCCGCGUCCCUACUCAAUAGCCAAUAGUCCUCUGGAAACUGGCACACAGGAGCUUCGCAUCAUCUAUUCCGUACAGAGUCCGAAGGCUGGGGUGACGACCAGUAUGCUGGAGGCAAAGUGCCAGCAGCAAGAGCAACCGGCUAAAGUGUUUAUCUAUCCACGUCUAACCAAUACAUUCCGCUACACGGAGGAGGAUCUAUGCAAAAACCAAAUACUCAUUGCGGUGGGUACUGGACUGGCCCCCUUCCUCGGUUUUCUGGCCCACAAGGAGCAUCAUCAGAAGCAGCAGAAGCAGCCGGUCAAAGGAGAAACUUGGCUAUAUGUGGGUGCCAAGACCCCGCAAGCUGUUCUCAAGCGAAACAAACUGCUAGCCUGGGAACAGGCGUCAGUGCUACAGCGUCUGCGUAUGUGCCACUCCCGUGUGGAAUCUCCCACCUACGUGCAACAGCUGCUGCAGGAUGACGCAGAGGAGCUGGUGAAGCUGCUACUCAAACCGGAUACAGUUCUCUACGUGUGUGCCGAUGGCGCCAAGAUAUCCACGUCCAUAGCCAGCGGUGUCGGCCUCUGCCUGCAGAAAGUCCUCCAUCUGGACGAGACGGAGGCCACACAGCAGCUGAAGGAGCUGCGCCAACAGGCCAAAUACCGCGAGGAUCUCUGGUUGUAGGACGAUCACAAAAAGAAUGCUAUUGAUUUGGUCGAAUAAGUAAAUAACGAUAUAUUUAACAACACAAAAUAAACAUUACAGUGCAGCGGACUAAA